AUGUCAACUAGCACCCCCACUACUACAACAUCUCGGUCGGUCCUCUGCAAUGUAUAUAAAUACAUCGGUGAAGAUCUUUGGUACGAUCAAGGAACUGGUUUUUGUGUCUACAAAACGGUACACGAAGACAAUGGCGACGAACACGACGAAAUACUUGUCGAAGAUUUGAUAGAUCAGUCCCGCCUUUUGAUAUCGCAGGUUUCUGAACACAAAGAUUAUGAGCAACUUGAAGAAACUAAGAUUCUUUGGACUGAGGAUACAGGAGCAAAUAUACUAGCACUGAGUUUUUUAUCGCGCGAGGAUUGUGACUAUAUAUGGCACGUUAUCGGGAUAGAGAGAGGGAAAGAGGGAAAGGAAGAAUGUAAAAAGAGUGUGCGAGCGAACAUGUUAAUAAGAGAACGAUGUGACACUGCCACCGAUAAUCGCCCCAGAACAGCUGUUGAUGAGAUGCUGGAAACUGGAGAUAGAACACCACCGAUGACGAAUGAUUUCCAAGACGUAGCUACGCUUCCCAUGCCUGAACUAUCCAACUUGGACGAAAUUACAAGAAGUCUUAGCAGUGCAAAAACAGCACAAGAUAAGCAUCGACUAGCAUUUUUUAUUGUACUACAUAACUACAUUGAUAAGCUGUUGUCCGUAUUUGAGUCAUGCAAAAAUAAGAAAAGCAGAAGAGGUCCGCAUGAUCCGCAGAUACCAGAUAAGAAGGCAACACAUCGAAGAAAUCUAGCAAAACUCUCCCAAAUGAAACCAGUACGUGUUGUAUAUCCAAGCAGUCAAAUAAUCGUCCCAAUUCAUAAUGAAUGGGUCAAUUCCAAGAUACAGCAAACUUUGCGGCUACAAUAUCUCAACGAUGUCAUUUUGUGCAACACUAUCGACGACUCAGAAAAAUCAACCCUGCGUUCGCUGAUAAAUUUCAACAACCUUGCUCUUGUCAAUUAUUUUAAAGACGAAGAGAACCAGGAGUAUUUGCACGAGCUGUUUUAUAUUUUUAGAGACGAGAAGUCGAGCGAUGAAAUGAAGAAGGAAGCUUCCAAGUUCGUAAUACAGCUCUGGAUUAUGGCAAAGGAGGAUCAGACCGCUGCGCGUGCAGCUCUAGCCAGAACGCUGGCCAAACAUGGCAUUUUCGAUAUGUUUCCGUUUGCCCUGUGUGCAGAUGAUGAGCUUUUGCGUACCCAUGCUGCAAACGUCCUUGAUUCCAUUGUAGAGCUUGACGUAUGCCUUUUACGUAAAUACACCAUUGAACAAACGAGAACAAAAAACGCUGAAGAUACUACCUUGGGCACGGUCCUUAAGCGAUUUGCACUCGAUAACACGGAUCCCGGUCUAAAGAUACAAUACGCAGAAAUUAUCAAGGCGUCGAUGAACUUGGGCAAUGGCAAAUUGGUGAUGCUACGUAAACAAGAUCUUGAUACUGAAAUGUAUCUCACUGUAUUCUACGAAAGUUAUUGUAACCUACUACUGCGUCCCUUUGAACAAGUAGAUGUCAAACCGAUCAAGCUAGAUGGUCCAAUAGAAGAGCUCAAACUCACUACAGAUCAGUCAGAUAUAUGCUUAUACCUAUGCGACCUCAUUUGCUUGGCUAUACGACAACACAGCUUCCGUAGCAAAAUUUUAAUGCGUUCCACCGACUGUUUUGUCAAAAUUGCACAACUGUAUCGAUGCAAACAAUCUCACCUGAAGCUUGCGGCGUUGCGCGUAUUCCGCACUUGUAUCGGCCUAAGCGACAAGUCUUAUACCCGACUUCUUAUAAAAUUCAAUGUAUUCGAACCGACAAUACGAGUGCUUUUGGAUACCGAUGGCCGCUACAAUGCGCUCAACUCUGCGUGUCUUGAGAUGUUGGAGUAUAUAAGGAGAAAAAACAUCAAAUUAUUGGUCGAGCACUUAAUAGCAAACUACGGUUCGGUGCUGGACACCAUCAGCUAUGUAACGACCUGCGAAAUGUUACGGUUACGACACGAGCAAAAUAUCGAGCCAAAUGACUCAAAUGAAGCUGGAGAUGAGGCAGCAAGAGAUAACUUGUUACGUGGCAAUGGUCAAGACGCUAGUGCAAUAGAUGAUGCAGCGGCCGAAGAAGAGUAUUUUAAUAACCAAUCGUCGGACGAAGAAGAGGAUCAGCCAAACAAAGCAUUAGCAGAAAGCGCAUCGCCGAAUGCAACGUCUUCAAUUGAACCAUCAAGAGGAGGACCGCUUGUCAAUUAUAAUGAUUCAGAUUCAUCAGACGAGGAGAUGGAUAAUAAUGAAGAAGAACAACAAACAAUAGCGGUAUCGUCAUCAUCAUCACCACCGUCAUCUGGUGAUAAGCGCCGCCGGUCAUUCUCACCCGAUCACAAUAAAGACAGCAACAGCAACAAUAUUGACACUAAUAAUAAUGAGAGCACACUUACUACAGCUGAAAUCGAAGAAUCGGCGGUAUCGAAAUCAAAAUCGCCGUCUCCUUCGCCACCUACAGCACUUGGCACAACAGCAACAACAGAAGAACAGCAAGCAGAACCACUUGGCACAACAGCAACAACAGAGGAACAGCAAGCAGAACGUGCAUUGUCACCACCACCUUUACCCAAACGACGCAUGGAUGAUGAGGAUGACGAGGACGACGUCUUAGCAGCACGUGCGGGGGGAGAAAACAAGAGAAGGAAACGCACACCGUCACCAUUGGCAUCAUCAAAAGCGUCUCCAAAAAAGAUCAUCAUCAAACCUCAAAUCCGAAAACUGCGGUCAAACAGUAAAUGAAAAGACUCCUUGUUGAAAAAAGAACUUUGUACAUAUAACAAUAAAAAAGAGAAUAUCCACGUUGCGACAAUAACGUGUAAGAUGAUGUUGGAGG